AUGAAAAUUCCGUGUCUAAAACAUUAAGGAUCUGAUGUCCAUUUUAUUUUUCUAAAAGAAUAACAAGUUGACUUUCUCUGUGACCUCUGCCAAACUAAUAUGCUAGAUUAGCAUCAACAAUUAGACUUUUCAAAAUUAAUUAAUAUUUAAAAAGUAAUAUAAUUGUCAUAUAUUGCAGGCAUUAAAACAACCAGAAUAUUUGACUUCCAAGAUUAUAAAUUCUGAACAAUUAAUAACUUUCUUAAAAGAAUUAUAUUAAAAUGAUGACAAUAAUAUAAAUUUAUAAUUAAUUGAAAUAGAAAACAUUAUAUAACAAUUGUAAAUCUAACUUACAAAUGUACAAAUAGAAUUAUAAGUUUUGUAAAAGAGUUAUAAUGAAUUUAGAUAAUAGAUAAGAGAAAAUUUGGAAUAUGUAAUUAUUGAAUUUAAAAAUAGAUUAUCAAAUUUGAUGAAUUCAAAAGAUAUAUUGAUAAUUUAUAAUAAUUAUAAGAAACUAUUAAUCCUUAAAGGAUAAGUGAAAAUGAAAGAAAUCUGUAUUUUUACUUCAAAAUUUUAACUAAAGAUAAUUUAUAAAGUACUUAAAAUAAAAUAUUUAAUUUACUGGAAUAUAAUAAUCAAUAUAUGAAUCAAGAAAAUAAUUAAUUUAAUAAUUUAUAAGAGUUAUACAAUUAAUUUAAUUAAUAAUCUACUGCAUUCAAAAAUCAAAUUAACCCUAAAUUUCCCAAAACAAUUCAAAAUACUCAAUUAAUUACAAAAGAAUUUCAAUCAAAAAUAAUUGAUACUAUUAUUUAAAAAUCAAAAAAAUAGGUAAAGAAAAUAAAUUUAAUUUAUAAAUGGUAUAAAAGUGAUUUAAAUGCUGAAAAAUUUUGGAAUAAUGUAGACGGAUAAGAUAACUUAUUAAUAGUUUUUUCAUUAUAAAAUGAUACUAUAUUUGGAGCAUACUCUCCAUGUAAGUGGAUUAAAAGUUAAAAUGGACAAUAUGUUAAAGAUGAAACAUUAUCAUCAUUUUUAUUUUCAUAAAAAUACAGUGAAAUUUAUCCUAUCAAACAAGAAGGUCAAGAAUAUGCCAUAUAUUGUCAUACUAAAUAUGGACCUAUUUUUGGAGGUGUAUCAAUUUUAAGUGGAUAUUAUUUUACUUUUUCUUCAAAUAAUAACGAUUUAUAGAUUUUAUCAGAUUUUAAAGUUGGGAGCUCAAAUAUCGGAAUGGCAUAUUAAAUCAAUAGUUCUGGAAGUUUAAAUACCCUUCCAUUUGGAUAAUCAGAAUAAAAAAUCAUUAUGUGUGAAAUAUUUUAGGUGUCUUUUAUUUGA